CGCCGAGAGUGCUCGGAUCGUACAUUGAUCCGAAUACAGGGGACGGGAGGGGUCGAACAUGGGAAACGAAGCGAGCCUGGAAGGAGGCGAGGGGCCUCUGUCGGGGCUGCCAGAGGGGCUGGCACCUGACGGAAAGGGCGGCUUCGUCCGGGUCCCCGAAGGGACUCCGGUCAACCUGGGCGACCUGAGCGAGGAGCAGAGGAGGCAGCUGGCCGCGGCGAUGUCAAGGGCGCAGGGCAGGCAGCCCGGAGGCGCAGCACGAAGGCCAUCAGUAUCUGAUACCCAGCGUUCCCAGCAGGUAGGGGCCUCCAGGGGCCCUACAGGUCUCAGUAAGAGUCGCACAGUAGACGCCUUCAACCAGGGUCCACCGGGCAAGCUCCCUCCGGGCCGCAGCCCCUCGUCCCUCAGCCUUUUCGAAAACAGAUUCCGGCAGGAGCCAAAAGACCCGGAGACCAAAUCCUCCGGCAUGUUUGGCUCCAGCUUUCUGAGCGGGGCCAACCCCCUCAGUGCCAUGACCUCCUCGGUCUCCUCCUCCAUAUCCUCCAUGGGCGACACCGUCAACAUGCCCAAGUUUGGACUGUUCGGAGACGAGGAGGAGGGAGACGCUUCUGCAGCGCCUGAGUCCAAACAGGGAGGGAAGCCCCCGGGCAAGGGCCCUCAGCAAGGGCCGGGGCCAAAGGGACCACAACAAGGAGGACCUCAGAAACAGGGUCAGGGUCCUCCUGGACAGGGGCCAAAGCCAGGGCAAGGACCCCCUGGCCAGGGGCCAAAGCCAGGUCAGGGACCACCAGGCCAGGGACCUAAACCUGGUCAUGGUCCACCUGGACAAGGACCCCCUGGGCAGGGUCCCAGGCAAGGUCCGGGGCCACAAUCAAGCCAGGGUCCACCUGGUCAAGGACCUAGGCAAGGCCAGGGACCACCCGGUCAGGGGCCCAAGCCUGGCCAAGGUCCUCCUGGCCAAGGACCCCCAGGACAGGGACAGAGGCAAGGACAGGGACCACCAGGCCAAGGAUCUAAAUCAGGCCAGGGUCCUCCUGGCCAAGGGCCCAAAUCAGGCCAGGGUCCUCCUGGUCAAGGUCCCCCUGGGCAGGCUCCAAGGCAAAGUCAAGGUCCGCCAGGCCAAGGACCGUCUGGGCAACAGGCCCCUAAACCAGGUCAAGGACCACCAGGUCAAGGCGCCAAACAAGGUGGCCCUCCUCAGCAAGGACCUGGGAAACAAGGGCCUCCAGGCCCUGGGGCUCAUCCUGGGGAGCCAGCUAAGAGCGGAGGGCCUCCCGGUCAGCAGGGGGGUGGAAAGCCUGGAGGGGGGCUCUGUCCUCUGUGUAAGACCACCCAGCUGAACGUGGGCUCUAAGGACCCCCCCAACUACAACAACUGCACCGAGUGUAAGAACCAGGUCUGCAGCCUCUGUGGCUUCAGCCCCCCUGACUCAGCGGGUAAAGAGUGGUUAUGUCUCAACUGCCAGAUGCAGCGAGCGAUGGGUGGUAUGGACCCCCCCGGCAUGACGAAGCCCAAACAAGGAUCGGCCCCACCCUCGCCACAGAGACAGGGGCCUGGCAAGCCUGGCAAGCUGCUGAUAAAGCAGCAGAGUACAUCCGACCAAGGGUUAACGCCACCAACCACACCCAGGCAGAAAUCCCCCACAUCUCCUGGGCCGCUUUCCCCCGGCUCCUCGUUGGGAGGAUCCCCCAAGAUCGACCCCAAGACGGGUCGUCCCAUUCAGACCAAGCCCAGUCCCCAGCAGUCUCCAGCGAAAGUCAAGCAGGAGUCCAGCUUCUUCGGGGGUUUUGGAGGUAUCAGUCUGGGAGGCUUAACAGACACCAAACCCGCGGGUGUUCCACAAGUUUCCGAGUCUGUUACAGGGAAACUGUUUGGAGGGUUUGGCGGUUUGAUGGAUUCGCCGAAGACUCAAGCGCAGGCUGCGCCAAAGCAGGAGGAAUCGGUGGCUGGGAAGUUGUUUGGAGGUUUUGGAGGGUUGACAGAAUCAGCUAAACCUCCCGCUGCUGCUUCUCAGAUGUUCAGUUUUGGUUCGUCACUCUUGAGUUCAGCCACCAAUAUCGUUUCUGGAGAGGAAGAGAAGCCAGCAGUUUCUCCGCCUGGGUCACCGCCAGACUCCGGACCAGGUUCCCCUAUGGAUUCUGAGCCUGGUUCACCACCCGACUCCCCUUUCUCUGCUCCUGGGUCGCCUCCUGAUUCGGACUCUGCUCCUGACACUCCACCUGCUAAGUCCAGGAAACCCCUCAGAACCCUUUCUGUCGAGCAGGGAGAGAAGGUGCCAGCAUCUCAACCUGCACCUGCCCCUGAACCAGCAUCUGCACCUGACGCAACAACCAAGGAAAGCUGCCCUCUCUGUAAGACGGAGCUGAACGUCGGAUCAGCAGACCCCCCGAACUACAGCUUCUGCACCGAGUGCAAGAAGACAGUUUGCAACCUUUGUGGAUUUAAUCCUACUCCCCAUUUAGGAGAGAAAGAAUGGCUCUGCCUCAACUGCCAGACACAGAGAGCCAUGUCUGGCAAGCUGGGAGACAUGCCACCUCCAGCCAUGGCUUCCCCAAAGAAGCAAACACCUGCUCCUGCUCCUGCUCCUACUCCUGCUCCUGCUCCUGCUCCCUCUUCCACCCCUGCCCCUGCUGCUGUAGAUAGCAAACCUGUAGUAGAAGCAGCUGACCCAACCCCACCUGCUCCUGAUACCGAGGUAAAAACAUUGGAGACAUUGAAAGAGCCUGCAGGGAAAGAAAUGGCUGCAAUGGAUAGCAGUCCCACCAGCCCAUCAGACCUCGCUAAGCUAGAAAGCUCAGUCCUUCCAAUUCUUGAGGCAAAGGCAAGCACGCAACCAAAGGAUGAUGAGGAGAAACUAACAGAUACUCUAAAAUCCAGACGUAAAUUAGAGGUGCUUCCUCUGUCACCAGACUCACUGAGCUCAGAAGAUGACAGAGAACUUUCUGAUAAGAAUGCCAAAGGCACCACAAAGAAAAAGCUUCUUGUGCCCAUGGAUGUCAGGGCAGAUUCGCUGGAUGAUAGCAGCGAAAGUUUUGGGAAGGAGAGCCCAAUGUCUGGGGAUGAUGAAGACUUUAUUCGAAAACAGAUUAUGGAAAUGAGUGAGAAUGAAGAUGCUUCCCCGUCUGAUGAGGAAAACCUGAUCCGGCGUAAGAUCAGAGAGAAUGAGAAGAAACAAACGGAGCAGAAGACAACAGAGGCUGUACAGCGGAGUACAUCAGGAAAAAACAGAAGACUAAUCAAGAAAAGCACUAUAAGUCCAGAUGAUGAAGAUUAUAAACAACUCCAUGGCUCUUACGAUAAACCUGAUAUAGAAAAAGAGGAGGGACAAGAACAAAAAGAUGAGUCUCAGAGUGGUACUGGAGUUCGCAAAUUCCAAACUAUGGAGCUGAAUUCUACCAGCAGCCCAAUGUGUAUACCUACCGAUGGAGAGCCUGAAAUGGAAAGCCUUACAGACUCUCCUGAUGAUCGUUCUAGAGGUGAAGGGUCGUCCAGUCUACAUGCUUCCAGCUUCACUCCUGGGACAUCACCAACAUCCAUUUCAUCACUGGAUGAAGAUAGUGACAGUAGUCCCAGCCAUAUCCGUUCUGGUGAGGGUAAACAACACAGGAAAGCCAAACACAGACAACCUGGUCAAGUGCUGCCAACUAUUGAAGACUCUUCUGAGGAAGAAGAGUUGAGGGAAGAAGAGGACCUGCUUAGGGAGCAAGAAAAGCAGAAGGGCUCUGGGAAGAAAUCUAAGAAAGACAAGGAAGAGAUUCGUGCCCAGAGGAGGCGAGAGCGUCCAAAGACACCACCAAGCAACCUUUCCCCUAUUGAAGAUGCCUCACCAACGGAAGAACUGAGACAAGAGGCUGAGAUGGAGGAAAUCAGGCGAUCAUCUUGCUCAGAUUUCUCGCCCAGUAUUGAGUCAGACUCUGAAGGAUUUGAAAUCCAUCCCGCAAAGAUUGCAGCAGUUCAGAAAACCUAUCAACUGCCUAUAUCAGUAUCUCUUCACUCCCCUACAGAUGAUCAAUCAAAGAAAAAAUCCCUAAAAUCUGCCGAUGAGGCUUACGAAGAAAUAAUGCUUAGGGCGAAGUCUCCAACACUUGAAAAAAGUGAGAUUCAACCUGGAAAAGAGUCCAUUUAUGGAGGCAUGCUCAUAGAGGACUAUGCUUAUGAUUCACUUAUUGACAAUUCAAAAGCUGACAUGGGGGAGCCAGAGAAGAUUGUUGUUCCUUCUCAGCCCAAAACACUGAGAUCACCAGAUGAAGUUUAUGAAGACAUGAUUAAGAAAAGGCAGGAAUUCAUGAAGCUGGAGCAGGAAUAUGAAAAAAUGCAGCCUAAAAAGGAAAACACUAAUCCAGAAAUUGUGUUGCAACCUGCUGAGAAUACAUUUUCGAAAAGCAGCAUAGUAACAUUAGGAGCAGAUGGGAAGCUAUUGCUGGAUGCUGAAACUGCAUAUGAAGAGCUAAUGAAAAAAGUGCUGACUCCUGGAGCAAGUCCAACUCAGCAGGAUCCAGAAGUUGAAGCCACUGCUUCUAGAAAGGCACUCCAUCCCAUUCCAGACUUAAGGGUGACACAAUGCUCUUCAGGAGAAUUGUCUUCGGAUGACGAGAGUAUGAUAAAAAAGGAAAAAGAUACAACCGCAGUAUCGGGCUCAACAUCAGCUAUGGAAACUGACCCUGUAACAGUGUCCGAGUCGCCUCAAUCAUCCACAUCAGAUCAACAACCUCAAACCAUAAUUAUUGAAUCACAUGCUGGUGUUGUUGACUUAUCCAGUGCCCUCCCGAAAACAUCAGCCCCUGUAAUUGCCAGUGUUUCACCCUUGCCCACAGUCCCCCAGUACACACCAAGUAUUCCUAGCGUAGUGUCAACUGCCCCACCUCUACCCCCCAAGCCAAGUGUCCUGUGUAGGGUUAAUUCUCAGGAAAAAGCAGAAGUACCUGUUCCACCACCACUGCCUCCUCCAACACCACCAAAACCUACAGUUUUUCCAAGGAAAGCCCCAGUUCCACUUCCACCUCAGGCUUCAGCAACUCCAAUGAGGCCAGAGAUAGGGGCAGUGACUGUAGCCCAGGGACCUCCUACAAGACAAGCAGUGACACCAAUAUACAAGCCUCAUGUUCCUCCCCCUGUUGCCCCAAAGCCAUCCAUUCAUUCAGGGAGUGGGGAUAUCCACCGACCAGGUCAUAGUGUCAAACCACCAAUUGCACCAAAGCCUGGCUCACAGCCUUCUUCACCUGCCCAUGCCCCAUAUCCAUCAAGACCCUCUGUACUUCACACUGGUCCCACUGACAUGACUGCUCUAAAUCUGAGCCCUUCUUCUGAGAGUAAACAGUUCCAUCCCUCACCAAAGUCACCUUCUUCUCCAAGAUAUGCCAGCAAUCUACGUGACACAUAUGUAGUUAUUACACUGCCAUCUCAGCCUAGCUCUCCUGUAGACAGUAUCUCAACUAUGGCUCCCUCUAGCCCUGGCCCGGCAUCCCCUUCACACCAAGCUCAGCCCCAAAGUUAUCACCAACCACAGCCUCAAUCUCAUUCUAAUCCUCCGCAGCAUCAACAACCAACCCCUCCUCAAACAACCAGGGUGCCUCUGGCAUACACACGAGUCACGGAAUCCAUGGAAAGUCAAGAGAUUUGUGGCCCAGAAAAACAUGUAUCUAGUUCUUGUCACAUAAUUGAGGCUAUAUCUGCCUCAGCACAGCCACCUGUGGUUAUGCCUAACCUGAUCUCUCAAGUAGUCACCACCGAAGUCCAAAGGACCACUGUCUCUGUUGUUCAUGAAAGGACAACACCACCAGUACCAGCUCCAAGGGCAAAUGGUGUCCCAAUCUCAAUGGAGAAACCCAAGCCCCAAUUGCCAGCACAAAAUGGACAGGCUGUCCAACCUUUUGAGGUGGUGGAUCUUAGGACUGUUAAAGUUGAUCAAGCUUCAGACAUGAAUGGUGUGGAUCUAUCUGCUGGACCAGACUCAAGACGUCAGCCCUUUCCAACUGAAAUCAGUCGCCAAAAGAGUGCAGUGCAGUCAUCUGUGAUCAACCUUAGUGCUGAAUCAUCCACUGUUUCUAUAGUGACUGAUAGUAUCACCAUUGUGACCUGUGCUGCCACAAUCCAGCAAUGUGACAAUGUAGACAUCUCUCAAGUAUCUUCAGCUCCCCUCCAGCUAACAAAAAUCAAAGCAUUUGAACCUGUUUCUCAAAUUAUAUAUCGGCCAAUUGAUUCUCAGCCCUCCACUAAUGUCAGUACAGAGAUUCCUAUUAACCUAUCAGUUGGCUCAAGCACAGGUGGAGGAACUUUCCAGACCCCCCCUGUCACUAUUGCACCCACUUAUAUAAUGAGUUGUGCUGCAAAUGGAUUAACUACGGGAACAACCACAGUGGCAGGAGCUGUUGACCUAAGCACAUCUAAACCAUUCAACACUAUGGUAUCAAUGGAUGCUGCUUCUGCAGAGAUGGUCACAGCUGUAAUUGCAGAUGAUGACGGCAAACCAGUGGAUCUGACUGCAGGAAAAAAAGCGGUAUGCUGUGAUGUCGUGUUCAAUAUCCCAUUUGCAGGAAGCUGCACUUCUCAACAACCUACCACACCUCUACCUGAAGAUCGUUUUGGAUAUCGUGAUGACCAUUACCAGUAUGACCGAUCACCUUAUGGCAUGAGAGGUUUUGGUGGAAUUAAACCUUCAAUGUCCGACACAAACCUAGCGGAAGCUGGUCUGUUCUUUUACAAAAGUAAGAACAGCUAUAAUUUCAGUGGUACAACAGAGGGUGCAGUAGAUCUUACCUCAGCAAAGAUUUCUGAUGCAGGUGAAGCUGUUGACUACUCGAAGAAAGGGGCUUAUGCAGGAAUGACAAUUCCUCCCUAUUCCCAGGCCAGAGUCACAAGUGGUGUUGGUACACUCUUUGGUACAAGCAGUGUCUUGAGGUCAUCAAAUGGCGUGGUCUAUUCCUCUGUUGCAGCACCAAUCCCAUCAACGUAUGCCAUUACCAACCAACCUGGGUCCAUCUUUAGCACAUCAUACAACUCUCUGUCAGGAAUGCAUACGAGUGACACCAUGCCCUCCCUGUCCAACCUCCAGAACAUGCCACUUACACGAUCCCACAGUUUCCUGUCCACUAUCUCCAUUACUGCAACAGAAGAACAAGUAGAUGCCCCACUUAAUCUAGAGAUCUCAAGAAGGGGUAGCAUUGUUGGUGUCACCACAUCACCAGCUUCAUUAUCCCUUGACACUUACACUGAUGCAUCCCUGGAAGCAAUAGCUGCUUCACUGGAAGCUCUGUCUUCACCCAUGGUUCCUGGGGAUGGCCAGUAUCAGGCCGAGCGUGAGAGGCUAGAGAUGGAAAAACUCAAGCAACAGCGCCUGGCUGAGGAAUUAGAGUGGGAGCGCCAGGAGAUUCAGCGAUUCCGAGAGCACGAACAGGUCUUGGUGCAGAAGGAACUGGAGGAGCUGCAGUCCAUGAAGCAGCAGAUCCUGAACCAACAAGAAGACGAAAGACAGGCCCACCUUAUGAUGCAGAAAGAAACAUAUGCCCAGCAACAGCAGCAGCUUGAGCAGAUUCAAAGACUCCAAGAGCAACUGCGUAUGCAGCUGGAAGAGCAAAAGCUUCGUCAGAUGUACCCAGGUGGGGACAUCCCAGGGCACGGCGUGCAGGAGGCAGUUGUUUUGGGACCUGAUGGCACAGUGCUGUCUCGAAAGAUCACGGAUAGUGGGUGCCAGACAGAUGACGAGGAUGAGACAGUUAGUAAAGCUUACACUGCAGGUAGAAAAAAGAGGAGUGCUAAAAAGAGUGUUGACAGUUGUGUGCAGACUGAUGAUGAGGAUCAAGACGAAUGGGAGGCUCAGAACAGAAACCGUCAAAGCCGGCCACGCACUGCCAGGGGUGAUAGGGGUGGGCAGUCAGAUAUGUCUUUUAAAGCUCACACUGAGAUUUCUAUACAAACAGAUUCUGAGGGGAACAUUAUAAUGGACACCAGGAUGGAGCUGUCUGACUCUGAAAGGACCUCACCUAAGAAACGACCUACCCCCAUAGAAAUAGGCCAGUCUCCUAACCUCAAAGUUGAUUCCUCCACACUAGCACCUUCGAAAUCUCCCAAUGUACUCUAUUCCCCCAUAUCUCCCUGUAUAUCCCCUAGCAAAUCCCUUGAGUUUGUAUCCUAUGAGAAAUCACUGGGUGAUACAAGCCCACAAAACCUGAAGGGAAGUCCAGAUCCAGCCAGUCCCAGGGGACAAAAAGCCAUGCAGCGAUCCAUGUCUGACCCUAAGCCCAUGAGUCCAACAGGAGAAGAAAGGGCAAUCUCUGGAGAUAGCUACACUGAUGGGAAAUGAGGGAAAAGCUCGGGUGGCACACCAACAGGCACUCAAAAGAAGGUGAAGAGGACUCUUCCCAAUCCACCAUCGGAGGAUGAGUCAACAACAACUGGUCAGACAGCAUACACCACUGGCUCUGCCCGCCGAAGGAUGUGCCGAAAUUCCAACAUGGCACGUGCCAAGAUACUGCAAGAUAUUGACCGUGAGCUGAAUCUAGUAGAGCGUGAGUCUUCAAAACUCAGGAAAAGACAGGCAGAGCUGGAUGAGGAGGAGAAAGAGAUUGAUGCCAAGCUCAGGUAUUUGGAGAUGGGCAUUAAUCGUAGAAAAGAUGUCCUACUGAAGGAGAGGGAGAAGAGGGAAAGGGCCUAUUUACAGAGUGUUGCUGAGGAUAGAGACUACAUGUCAGACAGUGAGGUUAGUAACAUCCGAGAGACAAGAGGUGGGCUUGGAAGUGAAGAUGUUGAGAUUGAAAGUCAUGGUCUUGAACGUCCCAGGACAGCUCCCCAGUCAGAAUUGGAUGAGUUUGUCCCACCUCAAACCAAGCACGAGUAUGGAAAAUACUCCCAGUACCAAUACAAUCAAACCCAAUACCAGCAGUCUCUCUACCAGACUCCUCAGUCCUACCAAUCUCAUUCUCUGUACUCCUCUGUCCCCUCGCUCACCAGCGCCCAGCAGCAGAGUUACCACCAGAUGCUCCUCUUGCAGCAGAAAGCCGCCAGACAAGCAGCCCUCCUCUCAGAGCUGGAUGCAACUAAAUAUGAAGUCAUUAGCCGCCAACCUGAUCCUACAUCAUCAGCUUUCUUGGGGGUCAAGUAUGACAAAUAUGGCAACCACCUUGACCUCAGGGCCUUGGAUGUGGGAAGUAUGGCACGUAGCCCAAUGUCAGCUGUCUCUGAUUCCUAUUACACCGACGUAGAUCAUCAUACACCUAGGAGUUACAUGUUGCUGGAAGAUGCUGCAGAACUGGCUAAGGGCUCCACAGGUAUGUCUUCAAGUUACAGUCUCGCGGAGAGGGAGCUGGCCAAAGCAGAGAAGCUUCUGCGUAGGAGUGCUGCAGAUCUGGGGUCUACUGACUAUCUGGGAUCCACCUCUAGACUCCAUUCUUAUGGAAAGACCCCUGAUGAAGAAGAUACAAUGGAGGAACCCUAUGAACUGAAACUACUAAAGCAACAGCUCAAGCAAGAGUUUAGGAGAAGUACGGGUGGGACAGAAAACUUAGAACAACUGACAGGGCUGUCGCAGCACUACUAUACCCCAAGCUCUAGCAUGUCUAGCAGUUACUCCCAGAGAAACUACUCCACUCCAAAGACAGACAAGUACAGCAUCAGUCGACUUACUCUAGAGAAGCAAGCAGCCAAACAACUCCCUGCAUCAAUGUUGUACCAAAAACAUAAGACUCCAUUGAUAGAUCCUAAGAUCUCCUCCAAGUAUUCCUCUAUUCCAGAUAACAGAGGCUUGGAGACAGACUAUACCAGCUAUAUUGGGUCUACCAGUGCAUCAGCAAGAGCCAGCCGGCUCUCUCAAGAUGAGAUCACCUUCGGCCUUCGUAAGAAUAUUGCAGAGCAACAAAAAUACCUGGGGUCCACCUUGGGUGCCAAUUUGGCUGGGUCAUUAAACUUGGGCCAGAGUUUAGGAUUGGACUCUGCCUAUCCCAGUGGUAGUCGCUCGAGACCUUCAUCCAGGCCCACAUCUUGCUAUGGAUUGGACUUGUCACUCAAAAGAGACCCUUCCAGCUCUUCACUGAGGCUUAAAGGGGACGGGGAGUCAUCUGCAGAUGUACCAAGCUAUCAAACCCCCUCUGGCCGCACCAAACCCACCAGCCUUCCCAUUGUACAAAGUGGCCGUGGCAGACUGCCCAUAGUGGCCCAGAACUCAGAGGAAGAGAGUCCGUUGAGCCCUGUUGGGCAGCCAAUGGGCAUGGCUCGUGCCUCAGCGGGACCUCUGCCGCCUAUAUCAGCAGAUUCAAGGGACCAGUUUGGUUCCUGCCUGUCCUUGCAGGACUCCCAGCAGCAGCAACAUAUCAGGGAAGAGCCAACCAGGGGUAGGGGUUAUGUGCUGAUGGAUGACCUUCAAGGCACCAUGUCAGAUAGUGAAGCCCUAAGUGAUUCCCUGAUGGCUUUGAACAGAGACGAUGCAACCAAUGCCUACCAUCUUAGACGAGAGGAGACAGACUGGUUUGACAAACCUAGAGACGGCCGUCCAGAGAAUGGCCAAGAGAAGAGACAGGGAAAAGGCCCCUACUACCCAUUCCCUCACCUCAGGGUCAAACUGCAGAGGGAUCCCAAAGAUCGCAGUGUCUCAGGAAAUGGUCUGGGUAUCCGUGUGGUUGGAGGGAAAGAGGUCCCUGCCAGUAAUGGAGACAUUGGAGCUUAUGUAGCUAAAGUCUUACCGGGUGGAGCUGCAGAACAAACAGGAAAGAUUCUUGAAGGAAUGCAAGUCCUGGAGUGGAAUGGUGUUCCUUUGACAGGGAAAACCUAUGAAGAGGUACAAGGGCUCGUUGGGCUGUCGUGCAAUGAAGCAGAAUUAUGUGUCAGACUUGAUCUCAACAUGCUGUCCGAUUCUGACGGUUCUGAUCACCUGGAUUUCCAGGAGCACAGCAAAGGUGACAGACCCCCCAGGUCUCCAGGUGUUGACCCUAAGCAGCUGGCGGCUGAGCUGCAGAAGGUGUCCCAGCAGCAGGCUCCCAGCUCCACCUCUUCCUCCAGCCUGCCCCCCACCACCUCCGCCACCUCCAGCCCCGGUCAGCCAGGAUCUCCCUCUGUCAGCAAGAAACGCCACAGCAGCAAGACUGCAGAAGGAAUGAAGACCCAGUCCCAGCCCGUCUCUGGAGAGAUACAGCUUCAAAUCCACUACGACAAGCAGCUCGGCAACUUGAUCGUUCAUGUCCUGCAGGCCAGAAACCUCGUCGCGCGGGACAACAAUGGCUACUCCGACCCGUUUGUUAAAGUGUAUCUCCUUCCAGGGAGAGGUCAGGUCAUGGUUGUCCAGAACGCCAGUGCUGAAAACAAGAGGAGGUCCAAACACGCAGGCAAGAGUCUCAACCCCGAGUGGAACCAGACUGUCAUCUAUAAAAACAUCCACCUGGAGCAACUGAGGAAGAAGACCCUGGAGGUGAGCGUGUGGGACUACGACAAGUGCUCCUCUAAUGAUUUCUUAGGAGAGGUCCUGAUCGACCUGUCCAACACAGCCCAGCUGGACAACGUCCCGCAGUGGCACCCGCUGAAGGAGCAGAGCGAGGGGGAUCACCACCGGCGCUCCCACUCAGGACAGAGCCGCCACUCCUCCUCUAAACCCUCCUCCCAGCACUCCUCCCCUAAAACCACUGUCUCCGCAAACGACAAUCAGGAUUCUCCCAAAUCAUCGGUCAUCAAGAGCCGGAGCCACGGGAUCUUCCCAGAUCCAGCCAAGGGCCAACGAGGCCGCCUCUCACUGAGGCACCAGAGGCACAGCGUAGCGGGCGUGCUCACCAUUCAGAGAGAGCAGUCCGAUUGGCUGCCUGCCCUGCCAGCGGUUGUCUCGGCCUAUGGGAGCAGAGCAGAUGGCAGACACCUGACCCUCAGGAAAGCCGUGUCGGAAGAGAGGCCGCAGAGCAUUGGAGCUCGGUCGAGCUACAGAUCCGGAGACGCCCCGAUCACAGCCGCCUCACUGGACAGCGGCCUGAGCGGCAGCGCCUACAGCCUAUUGGAUGAAGAAGGAGAGACAAACGAGGUGGACAGUGCCAUCUUCCAGGUGCCCCGACUUGGAAAGAUCCCAAAUGGCACGGACGUGAUGAAAUCCUCACUGGGACUCGGUGACACUGAAGGUAAGUCCCAGGUGAUGGGGGAGAUAAAGAUCGCUCUGAAGAAGGAGGUGAAGACGGAGGGUGAGCAGCUGGUCCUCGAGAUCCUUCAAUGUCGCAACAUCACCUACAAAUUCAAGUCCCCGGACCACCUGCCUGAUCUUUAUGUGAAGCUCUACGUGGUGAAUAUCGCCACCCAGAAAAGGAUCAUCAAGAAGAAGACCAGAGUGUGUCGCCACGACCGGGAGCCAUCUUUUAACGAGACCUUCCGCUUCUGUAUGAACCCGGCCGGACACUCGCUACAGCUGUUCCUGGUGUCCAAUGGAGGCAAGUUUAUGAAGAAGACCCUGAUUGGGGAGGCCUACGUUUGGCUGGACAAAGCGGACCUACGCAAGCGAGUGGUGAGCUGGCACAAGCUGCUCGCCAGCACCGCCCAAAUCCACUCAUAGACGGAAACUCCAGCUAAAAAAACUGAGCCUGAGGGGCCACAACAAAGUUUCUGUCAUAUGGGGACGCUUAGGUUCAACAUCUGUCACACUGAUCCACUCCGGUUGGAUGAGUAAAGGGUGGUUUUGAUCUCGGGAAGGGAGUCAAAAUAUCUCUUUCUUCAAUAUUUCGUUCAGGGCUCUGAGAUUUGGAAGACUCUUUUGUUGGUAAGGGCAGCUCUGAUGAUCAUUUCUGUCCUGCAGGAGGUUUUGGGGAAGUAGUGAUGCGUUUACAGGAAACUAAACUAAGUUUACAGGACGUACAGUGUACAGUAGUGAAGCCAGGGCUGAGGAGAACACAGGUGCUGAGGUCAGAGGUCAAGCACGGAAUCAACCAGGUAUUACACACUUUAACUCACUACACACACACACACACAUGCACACACAACUAUCCACGACAACUUUGCACACUCAUUCACGCAGAAGAGACAUUUUAAUUCUACAGGGAAUGGACACACUUCUGAUUUAUUUAUGUAGAUGUUUUAUCCAUGGAAGAUUCCUUCAUUGCUUUAUUAUGAGAGUUUUAUUGAUUUACAAAGCAUUUGGGGAAUUAAAUAGUGAAGACUCCGCUACGGAGACCUCGUAUUUAUUUUUGUAUUAGGAUAUUAGUGUAGAGUUCUAUCAUUUGUCUUCUCCUCAAUGAUUUUAAAAGAAAAUCUAUCCUGGGAAGGAGGCAUAGUAUAUUUUAUAACACACUACCUAGCAUUCCAAGAGAAAAAAUGAAUCUCAGAAAGCAUGAAUUUAUUUCUCCUUGUUCACUUUGCACCCCAUCCUUUCUCUCCCUAAGUGUAAACACAGUUCUAAAGAUUAAUAUGGAUAUAUAUAUCAAAUUGGAUACUAUAUAUUGUGCGCAUGAGUCUAUCUAUUUGGUAUGCAUUGCCACAUGUUCUGCACAAAAAAGAAUCACCUCUAAGGUUCACUUUGUACAUAGUGAAGUGUCAUAGCUGGAGAUGAAUUAUAACUUAUAUAGAUAGAUAUAUAGAUAUCUUUAUCAGACACAAUCGAGUCUUGAUGAUUGUGACAUAGAGCUUUUAUUUACCCAUGAUGCCCCUUAGAAUGUGAGAUGUUUACCAUAUGAGAUUUAAGUACGUUUUCUUUGUGAGAUUCAGACACAUUAUGAUUCUUAAAUCAGUCCUGCUUUCAUCCAGAGGAGCAGUCCACUCAACAAAGCACGCUUUUGUGGUAUUUUGCACUUUUUUCUGCUUAGAAUGUAAAACCGAUGUCAUCGUCCUGCUAAAAAUUAGAGAUUAUUUUCCUUACAAGGGCGGGAAGUAGAGAGGUAAAGUAAAGCGAUGAAAAUAUCUAGAGAUAUUGUAGCGAACAAAAGACAAAGGUGCCGGGAAACCAUCCACGAAAAAGCACUAUUACCAUUCUAAGAUACGUCAACGCUAUUGUUGUAGCAUGUUGAUGUUUUGUCCCAGUUUUUGUCAUAUACGUGUUGUCUUGAUAUUGCCACUCACACAAAUUGUCAAUGUUGUGUCUUUAAAGGUCUGUCCAUUAUGUCUUAAAAAAGGUCAUGCCAUGUGCUAUUUAGGGGGUAAAGAGGCAGGACAGCUGCUUCAUUUAGCAUUUUCAGUCCAAACUAGCAGUAAAAGUUAAUAUCUGAGUCAUAACUAUGCACAACUACUGAAUACAGGUGGUAACUGCAUCAUGACUCAGCAGAUAUUUGAAAAAGAGGAAGCAUUUAUAUUGAUUUUGCACUGCUGUGUUGUCAUGCACUCCAUGAAACGCUUAUUGCUUUAAUAUGAUUUCUACAUGUUAUUUCUAUACAAAUCUUUUAUUUAUUGACUGUGAGACUAUUUUAUAUGUUGUAUUAUAUUUGUUUACAGUUCAUAUCAGGUGUACAUAAAAGAACAGUUUGGAAGUUUUUUUUUACACACUGUAGUGCUUGUUUACAAGGUUCAGAGGGCCUGAAACUCAGAGAACCAACUUUCUUGUCCUUGUGCAUGAACACACAUACGGAAAUUAACAUACAAACAUCCUGAAUUUAGUUGUGAAUCAACAUAAGAAAAGAUAACAUACAAAUAAUUCACUUUCAAGUACUCCCCCUUUGAAUAUUUUUAAGCACCUCGCGAACAUUGAAUAACUGAAAUGUUUUAAGGUCAUUGUGUGGUUUUCUUAUUUUCAAAACCCGUGUAUUUGUGUAAAGCAUCUUCAAACCAGUCCAUGCAUGUCAUAGGCCAAAUUGCAUUUCUCUUCUUUUAAGUGUUGUCUGUCUAAAAAUAUCAACUUUUAAAAUCUCUCUAAAAAGAUGAACACACUCACACACAAACACACACACAUGCUAUCUCUCUAUUUCCAACCUUGUAAAUACAAAGCUUUUUUAUACGGGGGUUUGGGGAGCAAUAGGUCUUUUAGCAGACUAAAAAAAGGUGUGUAAUCAUAGAAGUAAAAGGAAGUUGUUUUUUCUCUCGAUCGAUGUACAGCGGAUAGACUGAGAAACAACGUGAUGUCUGUCUAUAGGGACAGAUUUACCCGACCCUUAACACCAAACACUAAAGGUUUACCAGAGUCUAACUACACAGAAGUCUAUCUUACCAACUCGAGCAGUUGCAGGAGAAUUUAAAUGUGCUCACACUGGAUGUUGCAUGUUUCGUUGGUGGUUCAUACUAUUUUUGUGUCCAGAUAUUAUUAAAGAAAAAAAAAGAAUGAGGUAGCGAAAGAUAUAGAACAAAACUGUCAUAGAGGAGGAAAUUAUGAAGAAAAACCUAUUAAGAUUAUCGAUGAUGUAUGCUGACUGUACAAAGAUUAUGCUUGUAAAACCUGUCUGGUUUUUCACUUGUAAGUAAACAGAAAAAAAAUCUACUGUCAUGGUUUUGUGAUUGUAUACAGGAGGUAUUGAUAAAUUAUGCAAAUUGUGCUGUAAAAAUGGCUGUUGCCCCAUGUCUAAAUAUUAAAUAUCAGUACAAAGGAAA